AUGAAAAUAAAAGAGGAACCAGAAUUAGAACAUUCGGAUAUUACAUUUGAACCUGUAUUAAAGAAUGAAAAGAAACAACUUAAGACGAAUUACGAGCAAUUUUGCAAAAUAAUUAAAUCAGAACCUUUAGAUUAUCGAGAAGAUGAGGAUGUUGAGAUAAAUAUUUAUGGAAAAUCAAUUUGUACAAAUAACACAAACGGUUCUGAUAUUUGGAAUUAUUGUGGUUUUAAUAAUGAAAUAGAUUGUAAGAAAGAGAAAAUAAAAGAAGAGAAUUGUGACAUUAUACAUAGCAUAAAAUCAGAAUGUAAAGUUGUUUUGAAAAGAUUGAAUUUUAAAGUAAAAGCUGAAGAUUGUAAUGGAGCUUAUCUCGUAGAUGAAUACGAAGAUUUAAAGCCUGUCAAGAACGAAUUCUUCACUCUGGACGAAAACUUUCACAGGAAUGAAUUGAACAUCCAAAUUAAGCAAGAAGACCAGACAAAGCAAUACGAUAAUCUGCACAAUUCAAAUACAGAGAAGCGUUAUAAAAAAAAUAUCAAGAAAACGAAAUACGUUGCUUCCGUUAGAAAAUGCAAUCAAGUGCAAAAAAAGAUUAAAAGGAAAUACAUCAGGAUUAUGCUUGCAUCUCAUUCUAAACAAAAAUUCACCUGUGAUUUGUGUAAACAGACAUUUAUUAAUAAGGGAAUAUUAAAAGCGCAUUUGUUAUUUCAUAUUGGAAAGAAACCAUUCCGCUGCUUAACUUGCAAUCAGAAGUUUUCGUGGCAAUUUCUUUUACGAAGACACGUGAGAGAACACAACACUGAAAACCAAAUCGAAAUCGAUAAUAGAAAAGUUCGUACGAAGUCGUCUCCAAAAAAUCGUAAAAAAUCUAAUACUGGACGUAAACGGCUUCAAUGUGAUAUUUGCAAUCAACGCGCUUGGUCGAAGGAUCGUUUAGAGAGACACAUGAGAAAACACAUACCUCAUCGUUGUAAGAUAUGUAACAAAGAGUUUAAAUUCGAAUGUCGUUUGAGAACUCACGAAGAGGUGCAUAGUGAAAACCGACCUUUCAAAUGCGAUAUUUGUAAUAAGUGUUAUAAAACAAAAAAGUGUUUGAAAAUACAUUACGAAAUUCAUAGUGAACGACGUGACUAUUCCUGUGAGAUAUGUAACAAACGUUUUAAAACAAAACGCUCUUUGGCACAUCAUAAAGUCAUUCAUAGCAACGAGUUUAAUUAUUCUUGUGAAGUAUGUAAAAAACGUUUUAAACGCAGUGCUGAUUUUAAAAACCAUGUCGAUCUACACACAAACGAAUACAAGUAUUCUUGUGAUAUAUGUAACAAAAAGUUUAAAAUUAAACGCUAUUUGAUACGGCAUCAAUACUAUCAUAUCGACAGAAAUAAGUACGUUUGUGACAUAUGUAAAACAGGUUUUAAACAUAAAUAUCUUUUGGUAACGCAUCGCUUUGUUAAACACGAAGAUAUGUUCGUAUGCAAAUAUUGUACUGCGCCAUUCAGAACCGAAAAUAUGUUGAAAGCUCAUUUGAAAAAUCAUAUUGAAAAGUGUAACGUUUGUAAUAAGGAAUUUAAGGAUAAACGCUGCUUUAUUCUUCAUCAGAAAAGUCAUUAUGAGGUAAAACCGUUUCUUUGCGAGACGUGUAACAGAGGAUUUCGAACUAAAUACCUGUUAAAAUGUCACGAAAGUUAUCAUAAUCAAGACAAUUAUCGUCAUGUUUGUGAGGUAUGUGAAAAGGGGUUUGAUAACAAAACUAAUUUCUUAAAGCAUCAACUUAUUCACGCAGAAAAACCGUAUCCUUGCAUUAAUUGCAAAAGAAAAUUCGAAACUGAAAGUGAACUGAAAUACCAUUUAAAGUUUAUUUGUACGAAAAUACAUCCGAAGCAAUCUCCUUAUCAAUGUAAUAUCUGUAAAGAGACUUAUAUAAAUGCACAUGAUUUGGAGCGUCAUCUAAAUACUUACAAUUAUGAGAUGCAUUUCUGUUGUGAUAUUUGCAGAAAGAAAUUUACAAGGAAAGUCGAAUUUGAAAGUCAUCGAAAGACCGCUCAUCCCUCGAGAGGAAAACAUCGAUGCAAUAUUUGCAAAAAGACAUUUAAAUCAGAGGAUCGUUUGAAAAGACACGUGGAGUUAAUUACCGAUACAAGCGUUAAGAAAUGUGAUAUUUGUAAUAAAAAAUUUUGCACGAAUCUUGCACGAAGUGUUCACGUUCGAAGCCAUCUUUGA